AUGUCUGUUCCGGCAAUGGCAAUUGGUAUUAAUGGUGAUAUUUAUUUAUUUACUAGUGAUGAUCGAAUCAAUUCACGUUAGUAUGAUUCGUUUCUUUUUAAUUAGAUAUUAUUCUUGAGAUUGAAUCUUGUUAUUCAUAGAUUUAUAGAAACGUUUCUAAAAUCUAUUAAACAAAAAACGUUCAUUGAUGACAAUAAUGAAAUUGAAUAUUUUUUUUUCAGCUGAAUAUCUCGUAUGUGGUAACGACGAAUGGAUUCAUUCGUUGAAAAUUAUAUCUUAAACGAGAUAAAGAAAUGGAUCAUGUUGGUAUUACAAAUAUUGUUUCGAAUAUUGAUGGAACAUUAUUGUAACGAAAAAAUGAUGAUGAAGGUGGAAGCAAUGUUAGUGAAGGUGAGAGACGGUGAUGAUACACUUAAUUCUAACCCUUCCCAUCAUUUAAUCGUUAUGUGACGAUCAAUGAUAGAAGUUAGACUAGUGUUGAUGGUAUUACACUUUAUUCUAUUUCUUCAUAUCAUACAAUCGUAUCGUUUACAUACAUAGCACACGUUUAUAUACUCGAGCAGAAUAAGAGAUGAUGAAAAGAAAGAUGAUGAGGCCAAGGAGAGAACAAUGUAAGAAUGAACAAGUGACGAGGCCAAGGAGAGAACAGAUAUAGAAGAACAAUAGAGUAACAAUACAUAUAAUAUACAAGUGAAUGGUGAUAUAGAAUGAGAAGCGCAUUACGACAGAAAGAGAACAAGGUUCAACCAUGCAUAGAUAAACGUACGAGUAACGCGAUUAUGAACACUAUGUAUCAUUGGUUGUACAAGGGCACACUGAGAAAGUAAAGAUAUCAUAUAAGAUAAUAUGCCUAUUGGCACA